GCCUCGCGGGCCAGGACACACCAGGUCUGUGUGGGGCGGCUGCAGCCCGCCCGCCUGGCCGCUCAGCCUCACAUCCGACUAUCACAGCGACGGUCGCGACACGCCGGGCACGGGUCGCAGCGCCGCCGCCGCCGUCACCGUCGCCUCCGCCGCCGCCGCCACCGGCACCGCCGCCGGCACCGCGGAGACCAGCCUCAGCUCGGCCUACUCGUGGGACGCCGAGCCGAGUCCUCGAUCUCUGCCGUCCUCGCGGCCCGAGGACAGCCCGCGCGUGGCCGCCUCCUCCGACUCCUCGUCCGCCUGGAGCAGCGUGCACGACAGCGAGUGCGACUGCUCGCUCCAGCUUCUCAGUGGAAGGAGUGCAGCGCCGAUACCUCCCACCGCCAGUCCUGGGGCAGCGAGGUCAGCAAGGACGCCUUCUGGGAGGCGCUGCAGCCCAGCUACGCCUUCCUCAUGGAGGACCAGCUGAUCGAGUCCUGCAAGGAGGCUAAUGGUGACCUGACCUGGGACGCCACGGACGUGCCCGGCAUGGACUCCACCUGGUCCUUCGACGAGUUCAUGGACCAGUACAACGAGCUGUACCAGUGGCUGAACGAGAUUCAAGUGGUCAUCUACAGCUCGCCGAAGAACAUCACCGACCGGCGGCUUCGCGAGUCUCACAUGGAGGAGAUUCAGCGCAAGUCGUACCGGCGCACGCUGCUGGCUGAGCAGAGUGUGCGACUGCAGCGGCGCCAGCCGGAACUGCGCGACGAGGUGGCCUGGCGGCUGGCGCACCUCUCCAACAAGUGGGACACACUGUUGCGCUGCGUGCGCCCGCCGUCGCCUUCGGAACACGCCAGCGACCCGGACAUGGCCGGCAUCGGUCCAGGCGCUCCACGACGAGAUCAAGUCUCACCACCGUAUCGUGUCGGGCGUGUGCCGGCUCUGCAAUCAGCUGUCCGAGGGUGGCGCCCGCCGGCGACUGGCGCGUGUGGCCGACCGGCUGGACACCAGCUGGCAGCAGAUCUUCCUGCGCGCAUACGAGUGGACCUGCCACCUGGAGGGUCUGCUCGACCAGUUCAAACAGGGUCACCUGCCGCGCGUGGAGGACGGCUAUUCGGCGGACGAGGACGAGCGCGAGCCCCAGAGCAAAGUGCGCCGACUCGGGAGCUGGGACGACCCCGCCUCGGCGCACAGCAUCCACUCAGACGCCGGCUCCUUCUUCGAGGACGACUACCUGCCGAGCAUCAGCGGCAUGAAGGUGCUGCAGGCGAGCAACGGCAGCGGCCCGACGACGCCGGCUAAGCGCGUGGAGAGGGAGGUGCUCGACAUCGGCUACUCGUCCGAGAACUCAGGCCAGUCGAGCGACUCGAGCGAGGCGGCCGACGUCUCGCCGGGCGCCGAGUCGACCGCCAGCGCGCCCGGCCGCCUCGCCAGCGGCGUGCGCCGCGCCGCCGUCAACGCCUCCAACGUCCGCUGUGAGGUCAUCAACGCCGACCUGAACGGCAACGGCUCCGACGCGCCGGCGGCGUCAGAUGGUCGCCAUGGCGACGCGCCGGCGCCGGCGCCAGGUGGCAGUGGCGGCGCUGGCGGCGUGCCAGGCGGGCGAGCGGACGGCGCCGAGCCGUUCAGUGUCUCGCAGCGGCCGGCGGAGAACUGCGGCACCUUCUACUUCCGACACAGCGACACCGAGUCGGAGGGAGCGCGGCGACGGCUGCGGUACGAGCCUGCCAGCUCGGACCUGGAGUACGCCAGCCCGGCCUGGCCCGACACAGACUCCGACUGGCUCAACAACUCGGGCCUGGACGACAGCGAGCUGGAGCAGAUCGGCUUCGCCACGGCGCAGGAGCUGCUCUCCGAGCUGGGCGAGCACGAGGAGGAGGCGGGCGGCGGCGCGGCGGCCGAGCCGGGCCCGCCGGCCACGCGGCCGCCGGCGCCGCCCUGCGACAGCGAGAUCCACCGACUGGUGGAGCGGGCCGAGAGUCUGGUGCGCGCCGACCUGCGCCGCAGCCUGCCGCCGCUCGAGCUCCACCGCCAGGUCAAGGCCAAGGGGCGCCGCGUGCGCGAGUGGCUGAGGCGUCAGCACGGCAGGAGGCCCUGCGAGCCGGCCGCCGCCGCCGCACCCCCGGAUGUCAGUGGUCAGGUGACGGACAGCAGCUGUGACGCCAGCGGUGAGUACACCACCGGCGAGUCGGACGCCGAGACGGCCUCGUCGGCCUCUGAGGACCUCACCUGCAGCAUGGUCACAUGCCACGAGCUGGCCACGCCCACCAACGCACCUGCCCCUGGCGGCAGUCCGGACGGCGCCACGCCCAAGGUGGUGCUGCGCAGCAAGAAGCGCCGCUCGGGCGAGCGGCCCUGGAGCCUGCACGGCCUGACGUCUGCCGGCCGGCCGCGCGCCGCGCCGCUUUCCGUCUCCGAGACGGCGCUCAACGAGAUGGUGACGCCGACCGCCGAGAAGGGCGUCACCUCCAGCUCGAGCAACACCACCGUGUCGGCCGGCGCCAUCCCCAAGAGGCUACCGAGCUCGGUGUCGUUCGACUCGCCGUUCUGGUCGGGCCGGCGCCGCUCGCGGCCGCUGCGUCCGACGGCGGCGCACAGCUCGGGCAGCGAGGCCUCGCUGCUGUCGUGCGCCACCGAGGCCACCCUGGUGGAGGUGUCGCCGCGCACGGCCUCCGAGGGCUCCUCACCCCGCCACGGCGGCCCGCCGCAGGCCGACGAGGUCGGCUCCUUCUCCGAGCAGGCCUGGGACCCAUACCAGGAGCUGAAGGAGGUAACAGAAGUGGGCUCCGAGGGCUCGGUGGACCGCGACGCCGUGCUGCGCCUGCUCGACUGCGACGACUACCGCAAAUACAUUGACUCGCAUUCGGACUGCGCCUCAUCGCAGGUCAGCAGCGCGCGCGGCCCGCCGCGCUCGCCGCUCAAGAGGAGCCGCCGGAAGCCGCGGGCGUUGAGCGACUCCCUGGACAGUGACUCGGACGGUGACGGCGUGCAGGCCAUCCUGGCCGAGUCGUGCCGGAACCUGGCCGUGGUGCAGACCGAGCUGGAGCGGCGCGCCGCCGACUCGGACGCCACCUAUUCGAGUAUCGUGGCCACCUGUCGCUCGGAGCUGAACCGGCUGGAGCAGGUGCGGACCCUGGUAGACCCGCUCGGUCUGGGCGCCGACCCCGCCUCGCCCUGCUACAAGCCAGAAGUCGCCGACGUGGCAGACCGUGUCGUCGUCGAGGUGAAGGACGUGGUGGAGGUGUUCGAAGACUCGAGGAUGGUGGAGAGAACGGAGCGCACACUGACCAACACUGUUGACCUCAGCCCGGUCGUUGGGCCGGCGCUGACACAGACUGUGAUCCAGAGGUGGGAGGCGCUGCGGACGGCCGCCAUGGAGCGCCAGCGCAGUGCGGACGCGCUUGGCGGCUUGCGCGAACGCAUCCGCACCUUCCGGCUCGCGCUCGCCGACCUGGACGAGCGCACCAAUCACGCCAUGGCUAAAGUAGCCAGCGACGACGACCUGCAGGCACGCAUCAGCGCCAUCAAGCUGGUCACCAUCAACACGGACGUGCACGGGCACGUGACCGGCGGCGGCGGCGACCCCUCGCUGAAGGACGACAUUGCCACCCUGUACAGGAUCUGGGACGAGGUCAACCACCGGAGCCGCGCCCAGUUGGAGCAGUUGACGGCGCUGGAGGCCACGUGGCACGCCUUCCGGGCGGCGCGUGCCGAGCUGGCCGCCGUGCUGCAGGCCGACAAACAGAAGCUGGGCCUGCUGCGGGAGGCGCUGCUGACCGGCGGUGACGUCGGCAGCCGGGUGCAAGACGUGGCUCGCAGCGCUGAGCAGCUGGCCGAGCAGCUGGCGGCGGCCGCCGACGACCUCUCGGAGGGCACCUCGGGCUACGACAGCGCCUGCUCGGAUGACCUGAGUGAGCGCGAGCGGCGGCUAGGCCGCCUGCGACGCAUGGCGCGCGACCUGGAGGCCGUCGUCAGCCCGGCUAGUCCGGCCUGGGACGACAUCGAGCAUACGCUGACGUCAGCCGCCUCGGAGCUGCGCGAGCUGCAGCAGUCGUGUCGCGAGCUGGUCAUCAAGACGACGGCCCAGUUCCAGGCCGACACCGGCCCCUCCGGCGGCAGCCCCCUGCUCAGGGGGCCCACCGUCAGCCCGCAUCCCCCGCCUCCCGUCCAGGACAUGCUCGGUCUACACACACAGCGUGCGGAGGCUCUCGGCGUCUGGGGCAGCAGCUGGCUGGGGCUGAUGUUCGGCCGUCUGGCGCUGAUGCUCUGCUUCUGCGUGGCCUGCCUGCUGGAGCCGCACUGCUGUGAUCACCUGAACAACCUGAGCAUGUCGCUGACGCCGCAGCUGCGCUACAUGCGUGGUCCGCCGCCCAUCUGA